UUCAUCUCAUCUCUCCUCUCCUCUCUACUCUCAUCUCUACACUCACAAUCCGAACUCCAUUACUCCUCUCACCCACCUCCAUUACUGCUCUGACCCAUCAAAAUUCCACCUCAGCCCUCACGGAUCUGGCGCCUUUACUCCUAACAUAGCUUCAUCAACGCGUCAAACUCUAAUUUUCGAAGAAACCCCUAUUUUGCUAAGGACGCUCUGUUGCUAAGGACGCUCUGUUGCUACGGAAAAGGCAACUCACACAGUCUGAAGGGGUCGGUCAGAUGGACGCCUCACUCCCUUCCUCAUCCACCUCUCGAGUUCAUUACAGAGCCCCUGCUUCCUCCUCUGCUUCCUCCUCUGCUUCCUCUUCUGACCGUGCUCCCUUACUGGUCAAUCAUAAAUUCAAGGACUUCAGGAAAAAGGGGAUGAGACACUAUGAGCUGUUGGGCACUCUUUUCAAUUCAAACACAGCCACGGGUUUCCUGCAAAUGUCAUCUGCCCAACCAGCUCCCAAUAGUGAUGAAGAGAGAGAACUUGAUGCAGCCUUUCUAUCUGAGGGGGUACAUGUCAAUGUCAGCACCGACGGUUUCGAUGACGUGGAGGAGCUGCCCACACCGAGUGAAGCCCAAAGCCGGAGGCAAGCUGAAAAGCGGCCAGCUGAAGCAUCUCAUUCAAGUGGAAAAAGGAAGAAAGGGCACUCCCUUGAAGCCAUGACUGAGGCAAUAUGGGGUUUUACUGACAUGAGGAACCGUCGGGGGAAAAAGUCCAUCGACACUGGAGACUCUGCUGUGGGGGCUGCCAGUGAGUCAGUUACAGCAGCUGUAACUCUUCUGAACCAGCACACCGAUGUCGAUCAUGUCACGUAUUGCAAGGUCGUGCAAGAACUUCAUCAUGCCAAGAGUAGAGCCGCUUUUUUUGCCAUGACGGCUGAUAGAAGAAGGGCCUGGAUUGACUUUAUUGGGGGUGGAUUGCAGUAGUGGUGGUUGUGGUUGACAGUGUAGGAAGUUAACUAAUGAUGUGCCUAAGUGUAGACAGCCUAGAAAGUUAUUUAGUAGUCUUAGUUUGGUUUAAUGUGAAUACGCAAAGUUUGUAUUAUGUUUAUACUAUGAACAAUGUUUGCUUUAUGCCUUCCUUUGUUAUGUUAACCUCCUUGGGACAUGUAUGGUAUUUGGACUAAGAAAUAUGAUUUGUGG